UCGCUCACUCAGAGCGCGCGAGGGGCUGGUCGUUGUUGACGGCGCGGGUGCGACUCUGGUAGUUCAUGGGCAUCGGGAUCACUGACCGGCAUCAUGACACAGCGUAUGACGGCUCGACAGCGCUGGCGCACAAAGCUCAACGAGACAGGCACCGACUUUGGGGAUGGUUAUGUCUCGAGUGCCCUUGAAGUGCCCGUUCAGUCCACCCCAUCGGUCAAGGCCGAGGUGGCUAGCAACGACCAGUUCAAGAAACCCAUGCCCAUCGCCGCGAGCGGCACCGCCGCGGGUAUGAGUGCAGCACCGCUGCGCAUCGCUUCCAAUCUCCGCCCCUCGGAUGAAGGCAGUCUGCUGGGUCGCAAUUUCAAUAAACGCAAUGUGCAGACCAAGGAACUGCCCGCGACCCGCCCCACGUUUGAGCCCAUGCCCCUCGACGAAACCGUCGACAUCUACGGCGAGGGCAAGCGAGAGUUUAUCCUGGCCUUGGACCGCCGCACCAACGCGGCGACACUUCACCCCCUCGACCAUUACUACGAGGCCCGCCGCGCGCGGCAAGUGGUGGCCAUCGAUGCCGAUGAAGCAGAUGCUCUCAUGGAAUCCGGGGCCAACCUGCAAAUCAAACACUCCGCUCUGCAACUGGCCCUCAAUCGACAACGGGAGGACAUGGAGCAACCCGAAAUGCAGCGCCUCACCACCUCGUCCAACGAACUGCAGCUCUCUGAAGCAGCACUCGGCGCACAGGAUGAGACGGAUGCCAGUGGCUUUCGCCACGGCUCCAAGGCCACCAAGCGCUACAACCACACUGGCCAGGAGGUCGGCGCCAACCCUGACGAGAUCGACGACAUUGAUAACCUUGAUGAAGGGUUUGAGGUCCGCGACGAAGACGAAGUCUUGCCGGCCACUGGACCCAAGUUUGACAUCCUGCAGAAAAAUGAUGACGAGGUCCUUGACAGCGAAACAGAGGACGAGAGCGCCGAGGAGGAGGUGGAUGAUGCUGAUCUUGUGCGCCUCAAGCGUCGCCUCGAAACGGGCAACUCGGACACUGAAUCGGAAGAUGAUGAGUUUGGUACGGAAUCGCAUCGAGCAACGCGCUCUAAUCGCGCACCCCGCACCCUCUCGAGCCCCCACAACAGGGGUCGAUCCCUCACAGAUCCGCUUGUUUCAACAGAUGAAGAAGAAAAAGCAAACAAGGAACAGGCUGAAGAGAAAAAGGCCGAGGAAGAGGCCAACGCCAAACCCGCGUCUACCACCUCCAGCCAGCCGGUCACAGGUCAAAAGCGUGAGGCACCGGCGGCCGUCUCAACCCACGCAAAUCAAGCGUCGGCUCCUGUAUCAACCUCUGCCGGCGCAUCCGCCCUGGCCAACAGUGCCACCGCAACGGCAUCAACAAAGUCCUCGGACGCUUCGGGCGAGCCUCAACGCAAACGCGCCAAGGGCCCACAGGUUUCUCAAAAGGCCAUGACCUUUAUUCGCAACAUGAUCAUCAAGUAUCUGCGGCGCAAAACCAUGAAUGACAAGGAGUUGUGGGCAUCAGUGGGCAAAAACAAGUAUGGUGGACAACGGAUAUCCGAGCUGCCCGGUGGAGAAGAGUGUUUCCGAGAAACGCUCAAGACCGUGGCCAAACACAAGUGGCACAACAAGGAACGAUUGUGGGAUCUCAUUGCUGGAGAAUAA